GCUGUAAACCUGAACAUCUCCCAGCCAACCAUUCACCCAUAUUUAGAUAGAGAGAGAAACCAAAUUAAGAAACACUCACAACAUUUUAAAAAAAAAAUUAAAAAAAUGAAGCUAUCCUUGAAAUUCCGAGAAGAAACCCGGCAUCAAAAUCCACUUUUACGAGCCAAAGUUCCCGUCACAGUCCUCGGCUUCCCCUUCCUCACCGGAAUAGUCGCCGGCGAUUCUUCCGACCUAUCCUUCUCUCUCCGCUCAAACUUCUCCUCCGGCCCAUCGCUAUCUCUCUCGUAUCAUCCCACGCUCUCUCCUCCGUCCCAUUACCCUUUCUCCCUCUCUCUCAAGUCCGGCAUCGGCGUCUUUGGGUCACCUCAGGAUUCCCCUAUCACCUUCUCCGCCAAUUUCAACCCUAAUUCUCUAACCCCCACUUUCUCUCUCCUCAUCAAGCCCCAAUUGGGGAAUUUCUCUCUCUUCAAAUCUGUUUCGUCUGAUACGUCAGGUUCAAUUAAGCUUGGCGGGGGCCCACGAAAUGGCGAAUUAUCAUUCGGGUCGGCGUCGGAUUUUGAGGUUAGGGAUGAUGGUUCAGUUGAUGGGUCGGGUGGAACGGGUCAGGGUAAGUCGUUGGUUUGGAGGGAUUUGAAGAGGAAUUCUUCGCUUUUAUCUGGGAUUUUAGUUGCAGCGAGGACUUCAAUGCCGUUAACGAAUAGGGCUGUGGUUAAUUUCAGGUGGGGCGUGAGUUUCCCCUCUGCUGAGUGUGGUGGUGGCGUUUCGGAGGCGAAACCGCAGUUUCCAGUGUUGUUGAUGAAUAAGAUUUCGUUGGAGAGGGUUGAUGGGGUGAAGAAGGACAAGGAGGAUGAGAGGAAGAAGGUUGAGGAAGCGAAAGCGGGUGAUUUUGAGCUAUUGAAGGGGAUGUGUAGUUGGAUGAGGAGAGAAGUGGUGGAUUUGCAGAGGGAAAAUAGGGAAAUGAAGCAGGCAUUGGAGGGUAUGAGGUUUAAAGCUCAGGGGAGAGAGAAGGAAGUUGUGGGGAAGAGGAUGAUGCCAUUGCCAAGUACUGAGACUUCUGGUGAGUUUGAGAGGUGGAGGAGCAAAAAAGCUGGUGGAAAUGGAAAUGCAAAUGCAAAUGGUAGUGGUGAAGAGAAAUCUACAAGUAAAAUGAGUGAAGUGGAAAAUGAAUUGCAAAAAGCGAUCAAAGCUGCCUCGUCUUAAGCAAGGGUUGGAGUUUGGACUUUGGAGCAUAUAUUUCUGCCUUCAAUUUGUUAUCAAGGUUCUGUAAGUCACUCAACUUAGCAGGAUUGUUUCUGAAUAUUGGAAAAUUUCUAUGGUUGACCGUAAAUCGAGGUAGUUUAUAGAGAGAAGUUAAUUCUCCUAACCCUGAAGGCAUAUGACGUAUCCAUUGACAUUGACCAACAUCAAGGCUCCUAAGAUUGCUAAGUUUUCUCAUGUUUUUAGGCAGUGUUACAAGGCUCGUACAAUUAUAUAGGUUGAGUGUUUGCAAAUUUAAGAGGUCUGUGAUUGAAUCAGGAAGUUCUAUAAUAGGUGUAUGAGAAAGGUUCAGGUACCUUAAA